AUGCGGAGUCCGAGGAAGGCCUGGCGAGCGAAGGCCGCCGCGCACUCCGACGACGAGGACGGACGGCAAGGCCUGGGACGAGGCGAGCACCGAGGCUGGGGACUGCAGCCCGAGCCGGACCACCGAGGCGGGGGAUUGCAGCCCCUGCAGGGCGCGGCUCCGCACCGUCGAGACGGGGGACGGCGGCCCGGGCCCGUGCGGCUCGCUCCUGCCGGCAGAGGGCCCGAGCGCCGCGACGAUCCCGCGGCGUGCCAGCCCGCGGCGCCGCCGAGCCUGGCGCUCACCGAGGAGGCGCUCGUCGAGCAGGGCCUCGGCAGGCUCCUGACUCAGAUGAGCGCGAUGGCGGCGCCGGCGGCGUCGGCCCGCCGCUCGCCCUUCGAGUGCAAGUUCCCGCCGGGCAUCAGCAUCCAGGCCUAUGUGGUCAGGCUCCUGCGCCUCUCCCGGUGCAGUGCAGGAUGCGCUGUCCUGAGUUUGGUGUACCUCGACCGCCUGAUCAAGCGGCACCCGUGGAUCGCUGUCAGCCCUUUGACUUGCCACCGCCUCGUGCUGACCAGCAUAGUGGUCGCCAUCAAGUUCUACGACGACACGUAUUUCAGCAACAAAUUCUACAGCCAGGUUGGCGGCGUCACGCUGACCGAGCUGAAUUAUCUGGAGAGGCUGUUUCUUGGUCUCGUUGACUUCAAGCUCUGUGUGGAACCUCAGGAGUACGAGCUUUAUCGAGAUAUCCUUCAGAAGGCCGUCGACACAGGCAUGGUGGGCGCUGCGCCAGAUGCGGCGAAGAGCGCGUGA